CAGUGAUACAUUGCAUUUAAUCUCGUUCUCAUAUCAGGCCGUCCACCCAUCACAGAGCAGGACGACUGAACAUCGGCUGGGGCAACAACGAAGGAAGUCAGCCGCAGCCUGGAGCUUAUCGGACGCUGACUGUCUGGUACCUGGACCUUCUCGCCGCAGCAUCAUGAGCUGGAACCAGGCGCCAGGUGCACCUGGAGGACCCUACAUGGAGGCCUACCACCAACACCAUCAUCAUGGAGGAGAUGGAGCUCAGCCUCCACACCCUGGUCACGGGGCGCCACCGCCGCUCGCGCCACACGUGGUGGCUGUGCCGCCGCCCUGGCACCAGCUGCCGCAGCAGCAACAACACCAGGCCCCACCAACAGUACAGCACCAGCCACUGCAAUUGCCGCAGCCUGUGCCUCAGCCGGCCCCGCAGCAGCCCUACCACCACCCGGGGCCGGCCUUUGCGGCUCCCUCAGACGUUCUGCCGCCACAUAUGCUAGCUCUCGCGCCCCUGCAGCCGCAGCCGCCGGCACACGCCUUGGGGCCGCCACCACAGCAUUACCAGCAACAGCAGCUCGCGCCACAGCCACAGCAUGUGGCGCCGUACAUCGGCCACCAGCCUCACGGAGCUGGCGAGCAGAGCGCACCCGCGCAGUACCCACUGCACGCAGCGCACGCGCCGCAGCAGCCCCAGCCUCAGCACCACCACCACAUGCCACAGGGGCACCAGCAGCACCCGCCCCUUGAGUACCAGCGACAGCCGCAGCCGCAGGAGCAGCCGGGCGGCUGUCGCGAGCAGCUGGCGGCGCCUGCAGCGGCCGGCACGGAGGACCCCUGUGACCGGCAGGGGGACUACGGCCGCGACCGUGACUGGGAGCGGGAGCGGGAUCGCGACAGAGAUCGUGAUAGACACCGCGAGCGGGAGCGGGAUCGUGAGGCCAGUAGGGAGUGGGACAGAAGCAAAGACAGAGACCGUGACAGCGAGAGGGAGCGGGAGCGGGAAAGGAGCAGGGACUGGGACAGAAGCCGUCCCAGCAGCCGAAGCGUUGAGCCGGCGUUGGACGAUAGGUGGCAGCCGGCGGGAGACCCGCACCAGCUCCCGGUGCAGGAGCCGGAGCGUGAUCGUGAGCGCGAGCGGGACCGCGAGCGUGGGCUUGACCGCGACCGCCAGUAUACCAGCCGACACCGCAGCCGCUCGCAUGAGCGCCAGCGGGAACGGGAUCGGGAUCUUCCCCUGGAGCGCGGCAAUGAGCGGGAGUCAGACCGCCACGACCGCAUUGCCAGCUACGACCGACAAGAGGGCGCCAGUGCCCGUGCUUCUGACCAUCGCGGGAGCUCACGGGACCUUGAGCGGGAGCGGGACCGAGACCGGGAUCGCGACAGGGACCGUGACCGUGACAGGGACCACGAGCGAGAGCGCGAGCGCGACAAGCAUCGGGAAAGGGACAGGGAGCGGGAACGCGACCGUGAGAGGGACCGUGAGCGCGACAGGGAUCGUGACCGGAACCGAGACCGGGAUCGAGACCGGGAGCGCGACCGGGACCGGGACCGCAGUUGGCGGGAGCACUGCGACCGGGACCAAGACGGUCGUGACCACCGGCGAGGUGAUGAUUACGACUAUGCGGAGGGCCGGCGCCGGAGCCGCUCUGUGGACGCGGACGAGGAUGACCCGCGAGGCGGCGGCGGCAGCUGGCGGGCGGCAAGGCGCGACCAGCCCUCCAACACAGUGCACGUGCGGAACAUUCCGGAGCAAUGUGACGAUCUGGAGCUGCGGGCAGUGCUGGAGGCCGCCGCGGUGCCCGGCGUGGUGUCAGUCAAGCUGGUGCGCAACCGUAACACUGGCGCCAGCAGGGGCCACGCCUAUGUGGAGUUCGCUAGUGAGGCGGAUGCGGCAGUGCUCAUGGAUGGCAAGACCAGGCACAGCUUGGAGCUGGCGGGAAGCACGCUGCGAUUUGAGUACGCGCCCAGUGCUGCAUCUUUCGCCGCCACGGGUGGAGGCGGCUCCACAACUGCACCGGCUGCCGCGGCGCAGGACUGGAUCUGCGACCGCUGCAGCACCGUGAACUUUGCUCGGCGGGUGGAGUGCCACAAGUGCUCCACCGCGCGGCCCGCCAAUCCGCAGCGGGUGGCAGCGGAGAUGGACAUGCCGUCGCCCAUCCUCAAGGUCUCCAACCUGGAGCCUCACGUUGGCGAGGAUGAGCUGCGCUCGCUCUUCCAGACGCAUGUGUCCGUCCGGGAAGUGCGAGUGGUGCUGGACAAAUACACGGGCCUGCCUCGCGGCCUGGCAUUUGUAGAGAUGUACAGCGUGUCGGAGGCGGGCCGCGCGCUGGGGCUGCUGCAGGGCAAGGUGCCGCCCGGCUGCACACAGACGCUGCGCCUGGUGUACGCGCGCGACAAGUUUGGUGGCGUGAGCGGCACAGGCGGCGGCACGGCAGCGGGGGCGGCGGCGCUGGAGGCCGCGCAGGCCAUGUCGGCUAUGUACAGCACGUGGGAGCCCAAGGCCUUUGACGCCAGCGCCCUGGAGGGCGAGGACGGCAAAGAGCAGAUUGCGGCGACGGCAGGGCAGCAGCAGCAGCAGGGCGCCGCCCAGGGCAAGGCGGGCGAGGCGGCAGAGGCGGGCGGUGGGGGCAGCGCCUCCACACCGUCCGGCUUCGUCUACGACCCCUCCUCCGGCUACUGGUACGACGCGGCCAGCGGCUACUACUACGACGCCAACACGGGGCUGUACUACCAUCGCAGCACCGAGACCUGGUACUCCUUCGACCACGCCACGGGGCAGUACGCCGCAGUCGCAAGCAACACCAGCACCGCGGUAGACAACAGCUUGAGCAGCAGCAGUGCGUUGCCGACGUCCACAAAGGCCAAGACCGCCGCGAAGCCGCAGGCUGUGGUAACUGCGGCUGCACCCAAAGCUGCGUCCGGUGGCGGCACCAUUGGGGCUGCAGCACGGCCAGCGGCCGCAGCUGCCACUUCCAAGCGCAGCGGUGCAGUAAUUGGCGCCGCGCCUGUCUUGAACGCGCAAGGCCUGUUGGCAGCGGCGGCUCUCGCGGAGGAGAAAGCCAAGCAGCAAGCCAAGCAGCAGGCGAAGGCGGCAGCUGCGGCCGCCAAGGCUGGGCGAUCGGCAGUGGCGGCCGCCGCACCAGGGGCAGCGCCGCCGCCGGGGUUAGGGUCAGGAGCAGCGCCGGGGCAGGCUGUGCAGGGUGUGAUCCAUCGGGGAAAGUGGGCAUCUCGUGCGCAACAGUGACACGUUAUUGACGUGAGGUGACUGUGUGUAUGUCGGGCACAGAUGUGGCUGGCACAGGCGGGCGCAACGUGCAAAGCUCACCUGUAAUGCCUGCCGCCUGCCGGAGAUGGCUUGCGUCUGGGGCUGUCUCUAAGGCUGUCUAUUGCUUCUUGGUCUUUGCGCCAAACCAAGGGCUCGUCAUAUUGCGAAGUCGGCAGGGCACCGGAUGUCCUGCGGGACGUACUUGAUGCAUGUUUGGUGAAGUCGGCUGACAGGCCCACUGACCCAAUCUCACCGUCACCCAGGCCGUUACGGAUUAGCGUCAGCUCUUUUUUCCUGAGAGAAUGGUUACAAUGGAGAAGGAAGGGGAAGGCGCAGCACCACAACGGCACACAACCUGCAAAGCGAGCAAGCAGAACACCAGGGACAACC